AUGGAUGGAAGCAACCAGAGUGAAGUCUCAGGGUUCUUACUCCUGGGGAUCACAGAUGAUCCUGAGCAGCAGCGGGUCCAGUUCUGGAUGUUCCUGAUCAUGUACUUGGUCACAGUGGUGGGAAAUGUACUCAUAAUCUUGGCCAUUGGCUCUGACUCCCACCUGCACACUCCCAUGUAUUUCUUCCUCGCCAACCUUUCCUUCACUGAUCUCUGCUUCAUCACCAAUACAAUACCCAACAUCCUGGUAAAUCUUCAGUCUGAGGAUAAGGCUAUCUCCUAUGCAGGAUGUUUAACACAGCUCUACUUCCUGGUCUCUUUGGUGGCCUUGGACAAUCUCCUCUUGGCAACCAUGGCAUAUGACCGCUAUGUGGCUAUCUGCGCCCCCUUGCACUAUACUACAGCCAUGAGCCCUACACUAUGUAUUUUGUUCCUUGUCUUGUGUUGGGUACUGUCUAUCACAUAUGGGCUCAUUCAUACAUUGCUUAUGACCAGAGUGAAAUUUUGUGGGGCCCAGAAAAUACGAUACAUCUUCUGUGAGAUGUAUGCCCUCCUGAGGCUUGCAUGUUCAAACACUAAAGUCAACCAUGUAGUGCUGAUUGCCACAGGAUCCUUUCUCUUUCUUACCCCCUUAGCCUUCAUGAUCAUGUCCUAUCUUUGGAUUAUCAGAGCCAUUCUCCGAAUACCCUCUGCCAGUGGGAAGUAUAAAGCCUUCUCUACAUGUGCCUCCCAUUUGGCUGUUGUCUCUCUCUUCUAUGGGACACUUUGUAUGGUAUACUUACAGCCUCUCAAAACCUACUCCAUGAAGGACUCAGUGGCCAUAGUGUUGUAUGCUGUGGUUACUCCCAUGAUGAAUCCUUUUAUCUAUAGCCUGAGGAAUAAAGAAAUGCAUGGGGCACUGGGAAGACUUCUUCUAGGAAAAGGCUUCCAGUUGGCCUGA